GUUUAUCUCUCACCUGAACAAAAAAGUUUGGUCAAAGAUCUUAGAAGCCAAACAUUCAACCCAUUGCCAUGGGGAAGCGAUUCGGUGGAAAAAGAGGACUGAAAAGGCACACGACACCGGAUAAGUUUGAGGCAAGGGCUCCGGCAAGAAACAGGAGGCGUGUUGAAGAUGAGGUUGACCAUAGUUCCUCCGCACCUAUCUUAUCAGGGGAAUUAUCUGGGGAAGAAUCUAGUGGUGGCGCUUCAGAGGAACUUAAUUAUAAGGAGCUGACAGCUUAUGAUAAGUUGUUGUCAAAACUCAGUUCAAGUAACCGACCUACUGAUGCCUAUCAAAAGAGACAAGUUGCUGAGGAUGAUGUAACUGAUGGCUCUGAAUCACUAGUGUCAGAAGAGGAGAAGGGUUUUGAGGAAACUGAUAGUGAUUCACUUGGAUUGCAAGAGCCUGCCGUUGCUGGUACUGAAAAACAGACUGAAGAUAACCUGGAGACCUCUGACACAGAUGAAGAUGACGAUUUGAUUCUCCGUAGUCCUACUGUUGCCACAGGUUUAUUUACUAAACAUGUUGAGUACAAGUUGUCAAAAGUAGAGGCUGAUGAUUUGUCCAAGAAGAAAUGGAAGUAUGCAUGGGAGUUGCCUGCUGCUGACAUAUCGAACUGCAAGUGGGUUGGAACAGGGGAGUGUUUUCUAAAGGAUGGUGACUUGAAUCCCAAUUAUGAUCUGAAGCAAAAGUUGUAUAAAAACUGGUUGGACAUCUACAAGACAUCUGGAGGCAAUGACUUCCAUUCAUCUAAGCAGAGAUGGUUCUUCUCUUUGUGAGUGUGCUUCUUCUGCAAUAGUUAUCAGGAUAUAUUGCACUGUGAGAAGAAACUCUAUCAAAAAGGCCACGAAGAAGACUCAAAUGUUGCGGAUGCCUAUCUUAUGCAUUCUCUCAAUCACAUUAAAACAAGAGCUAUUGUGAGAAAGAAUGAUGCUAAAAUCAGCAAGCAUCAGAUGAGGGGAGAGGAGAUGCUUUCAGGAGGAUUUCUUGAUCAAGGGUUCACACGCCCCAAGGUAUAUUUUCCAGCAUCUGUUUGGUUUUGAUCUUUACCUCUGAGGAGCAUUGCCCUUCGUGUCAUCGAGAGGUUAAUACAACUAACUCCCGCAACUUCAAAGGCUAAUGUGGAGCAUGACCGUUUUUAUCAAGACUUUGGAUCUGAAAAGGUUGAAGAUGAUGAGGAAAUAGAGGAGCAAUCAAAGAACAAGCCUAAUAAGCCUCCCAAACCUUCUGAUCAUCAAUCUUUUAAGGGUGAUACAAGGGAUGACUUCAUGAUAGGCAUUAAUUUACUAGGUAAAUCUUUAAAGCUUUAUGGUGAUUUCUAUUCCUCUGACAUUAUUGUUGCUUCUCCUGAAUUAAUGACAAAAUUCGGGAAGGCAGAAAAAAAUAAGGAGCUGGACACUGACUAUUUGUCUUCUAUAGAGGUUGUUAUUAUUGAUCAUGCGGAUGUAAUAUCAAUGCAGAAUUGGAGUUUCCUGACUUCUGUUGUUGAGCGUCUGAACCAUAUACCUUCAAAGCAGCAUGGCACUAAUGUUAUGCGCAUCAGACAGUGGUACUUGGAUGGAUUUGCUCGAUUUUAUCGGCAGACAAUUAUUUUAGGUUAUUAUCUAAACCCAGACAUGAAUGCUCUUUUCAAUCACCAUUGUGUUAACUAUCAAGGAAAGGUGAAGUCUGUGCGUGAGCAUAAAGGAGUUCUUCCUAAAGUCCUAUCCCAAGUGCGGCAGAUCUAUGAAAGAUUUGAUGCAAAGACAAUAGCUGAUGCUGAUGAUGCUCGUCUGGAAUAUUUGCUAAGAAGAUUGCACUCAUUAUUGGUGCCUAUUCAUAAGAUGACCUUAUAUUUCCUUAAGGUGUUUCCUAAAAUAAAAGAUUGUGAACAGGGUGGGAUUAUGCUGUUUGCUAGCUCUUACUUUGAAUUUGUUCGACUUCGAAAUUUCUUGAAGUCUCAGAAUGCAUCAUUUGUUUACUUGGAGAAAGAUAUAUCUCGGGCACGGGUUUGGUUUUUUGAAGGGAAGCGAAAGAUCAUGCUCUACACUGAAAGAAUUCUUUAUCGCAGAUACAAGAUCCGUGGUAUUCGGAAUUUGAUCAUUUAUUCUCUCCCUGAGAGGAAGGAGUUUACUAUGAGGUGAAUUGUCAAUAUGCUUGAAGGGUCAGACGAUUUGGCAUGCACUGUCUUAUUUUCUCUGUUUGAUAAGCUCCAGCUCGAGAGGAUUGUUGGGUCUGCGCCUGCCAAAAGAAUGAUAAAAUCCGAGAAGGGGGUUUUCGUUUUUUGCUGAAUAAGUUAUAUGUAU